CCAACUAACGAAGAAGCACCCGCCACAGACUUGGCAGCUGCAUUGCCGCUCCUCAGACUCUUUCCUUCAUUUCAUGGUCUUCCAUUUUUUCGUCCCCCUCAAUCCCCCAUUUAUGUCUCUCAAAAACCCUCUUGGAGGUUUCGGUUUCAGUCAUGGAAGAACAAGGCACGGCUAUAAUUUUAGCCAGAGCCACGGAGCUGAGGCUGAAGAUCAGGGGCUCUGUUAACAACACCACGAGUUCGCCGGAAACUGACAUUCGGGAUGAUCGGUUCGCUGUGGAUGAAAAUAAUGGCGUCGGUUCGAGUGGGGAGGCGGAGGAAGAAGAUGAGGAAUCAGUGAGGCUUUUGAAAAUCUGCGAUGCGCUUGCGUCUCUUGAGAAUCAGCUCUCUUCAUUGCAGGAUUUACAACAACGGCAAAGGUACGAGAAAGAAGUAGCCCUUUCCGAGAUCGAGCAUAGCCGCAAGAUUGUACUGGAUAAGCUGAAGAAGUACGAAGGACAGGAUUUGGAAGUGAUACAUGAGGCUUCAGCUUUUGUUAGGGAGACAGUGCAGCACAACAAGGAUUUCACGCUCCCUCCAUAUCCAAGCCAUCCUGAUAAUCCCUUCCCUUCUGGACACGAGUCCGUGACUAAUGGGCUAACGGACGCCACGACAAAUAUAGCUACAAAGGAACUCACUGAAUCAGAAAGAAAACAAUCAAAAUCGGAUUCGAGGAACUCGAGAAACGGAUUGGGAACUUUCGCUAGUGUAGCUGCAAAAUCAGUGGUUACCGUGGUUGCCAUUGUAUCCAUACUGCACUUCACUGGUCUUACUCCGAAGCUCGCACGGAAAGUUUCAUCUUUGAAGGUUUUCAACAUUUUUCGACCGUCUGCAGCUGGAAACAAUGGAUCACACAAUGUAUGUCCUCCAGUUGAAGCUCAUCAGUGCAUUGUGAAAGAGAGAAUUGAAGUUCCAUUUUCUUCAGCUGUGGUUAAACCAGAUGUAAACUAUGGAAGGGGGUGACGACAAUUCAAUCCACAGGCUUCUGAAAAGCUCUUCGUUUAUGCUAAUUUUUCACUUUCUUCAAUAAGUAGCAAUUUGUUUUUGCUGGCCUUGUCAUAUGCGACAUAGUAGUAGAUGUUAUUAGCUAUAUGCAUUUAUCCUCUCAUAAAAUUUUGGAAGACAAGAGAGUGUUGACACUUCAGAGAACAUACAAAUCUUCACUCUUUGUUCUUCACAAAAAUCUAAAGGGUGUGCUUGUUAACCUCUGGUUGGAACGAAAAGAUGAGUAGGCGACGUCUAAAACAAGUAGGGAAAGCAAGAACUCGUUGUUGUAGUCAUCGACCAGAGUCGAUUAUGGACAAGACUACGACGAGU